UUCCUCCGUUGUCCAGUUGUGUGUAAAAGAGUUAGGUUUUCCAGAACAUACUUGUUUUAGUUUUAUACUUUGGAACCAGAAACAGGUGUUUCAAUGCCCUGCCCUACGAAGAGCAGAGACUAUCCCUCAUCCGCUUGUACUGUCCCCAGUUGGUCUGAUAUCAUGGCAGUCAUCUUUGAUGACUUAACCAAAUUUCACUUCUGGAGGGCUGUAAUAGCGGAAUUUCUCGGCACCAUGUUUCUGAUCGUGGUGGGUGUUGGGGCUUGCUUCGUUUGGCACCCUCACCACGCCCCCACCCCUACCCACAUCGCUCUUCACUCGGGGCUGUACAUCGCCUUCAUCAUCUUAGCCACUGGUCACAUCAGUGGAGGACUCGUUAAUCCUGCUUUAUCCAUUGCCUUUGCGGCUACCAGAAGGAUCAGUGUUGUACGAGCGCUGUUGUACACAAUCGCACAAUGUGUGGGUUCUGUUGCAGGAACAGCUCUGCUGAAGGCGUUAGUGCCAGAAAGCAUCCAGGGAGACUUUGGUACUCUGAAGUUGAACAAACUGGUGACCGAGGCGCAGGGGUUCGGGAUUGAGUUCAUCAUUACCUUUGUUCUUCUCUUCGGAAUAUUCGCAGUCACUGACGAAAAUCGUAAAGACGUUGGAGGAUCUGUACCUUUAACCGUUGGACUAAUCGUUACCAUCAACAUUUUCUUUGGUAUGAACUACACAGGGGGAGGAAUGAAUCCAGCCCGGCAAUUUGGUCCAUGCGUGUUCUCCGGGAAAUGGGAACAUCACUGGAUCUACUGGCUGGGACCUAUCUCCGGUGGGCUAACUGGAGCCCUGCUUUAUAAAUACGUUUUCGCAAUGAAUGCAUCCUUCCAAGAGGCAAAGGGGUGUAUCACUGGGUCCGGGUCCUACGAUUCUGUCGCUGUGGUAGAGAAUGAAGACAACAACGAAGAUACUUCCGAUUUGUAUCCUGGAAACGAUAAGAAGAAAAUCUCUAUGGAGAUUGUAUCUUCAAUUUGAUAGAUACACACGCUGUGGGACUGUACA